UAUAUAUAUAUGUGUGUGUGUGUGUGUGUGUGUGUCUGUGUGUCUGUGUAUUUUAGCACACAGCCUUCAUGUAUUGAACCGAAGACAUACAUCCACCAUGCGAAGUUUCUCUGCAUUUGUGUCGGCUGCUGCAACAAGGCUUGAAGGAAAGGUGGCAGUGAUCACCUGUGGGGCAAGCGGCAUUGGAGAGUCCACCUCAAGACUUUUCUCCAACCAUGGAGCCAAAGUCGUAAUCGCAGCCAUUCAAGAUGAGCUUGGCCAUUCUGUUUGUAAACAACUCAACAAUGCUAUGUCAUCCAAUACGACUUCCUACGUCCACUGUGAUGUUACAAACGAACAACACGUAGAAAAUGCGGUCAACACUGCCAUUUCCAAGUAUGGAAAGCUCGAUAUUAUGUUCAACAAUGCAGGUAUAUUGGACGCACUCAAACCCAACAUUGUUGACAACGACAAGGCGGAAUUCGAGAAGGUGAUUGGUGUCAAUCUGGUGGGUGCAUUUCUGGGGACAAAACAUGCAGCUCGCGUUAUGAUCCCAGCUGGACAAGGCAGCAUAAUAUCAACAGCCAGCGUUUGUACGGUGGUGGGCGGGGUUUCAACGCAUGGCUACACCAGCUCUAAGCACGCCUUGGUGGGGCUCAUGAAGAACACCGCAGUGGAGCUUGGACGACAUGGUAUUCGUGUAAACUGUGUGUCGCCGUACGGGGUUAUGACUCCUUUAUCAAAGCCAUACUUUCAGGUGGAUGAAGAUGGAAAUUACACUAUGUAUUCCAAUAUGAAAGGCCUUCGUUAUCUUGAGGGGGUAGAUUUGGCCGCCGCUGUCCUUUUCUUGGCCAGUGAUGAGUCCAGAUAUGUCAAUGGCCUUAAUCUUGUGAUCGAUGGAGGGUUUAGUAUUUUAAACAAUGGUUGUUGUAUUUUCAAUCACUAGUACUUUCGCAAACUACUUUUUUGUCCAAAAAUAAACUUGUACUUUGGAUAUUGGAUGUCUUGGUUAUGAAAA